ACGUCACGCAUAAACAAGGAGACACGGCGGCGGCGCGGCAGUAAUGGCGGCGGCCUCCUCCCGCAUCUAGCUUAUUUCACACUCCUGCACACCUCCCACAGCACACACCUUGAGGGAACCGCGACGCCUGGGACUGUAGGACCCCCUGAGUGACGUGUGUACCCUUGGGGACCCCGUAGCAUCCCCGGAGGGCGGAUGGGAGAGCCGCCCCCAGGGAUACGUGGCUUCAGGGGUGAAGGACGUGCCCCAGGGAAACACCGAGCCGUCAUGAUGGAUGACUUGUUCCUAGACGUCAAGAUGGAGAUUGGGGAGGAGGUGCGGCGGCAGGGUCACGACCCCCACCUGGCCUCCACCCCGGUGCUCCUGGCCCGGCGGGAGGUGGCCACCCGGCAUCCCCGCACCACCACCACCCAGCUGAACCACAUCAGCGAGGAGAUGCUGGUGUACCGCAAACACAGCCUCCUCUCCUGCCAGCUGCCCGGCGCCCCCAAGUCCACCUUCCUCAUGGUUUUCAGCCCCGACGGGUCAAAGGUCGCGUCCACACACGGUGACCACAACAUCUAUGUGAGUGAAGUCAACACGGGUCAGUGCAUUUGUACCCUGGAGGGACACCCAAGGACGCCCUGGUGUGUGGCCUUCCAUCCUGCCUCCAACGAGAUUGUGGCGUCUGGCUGUCUGGGCGGGGAGGUGCGCGUGUGGGACCUCAAGGGCGGGAGUGAGGUGUGGACAACAGAGAAGAGCACAGUCAUCGCCUCCCUCGCCUUCCACCCCACGGAUCAGGUGCUGGUCAUCGCCACCUACAAUGAAAUCUACUUUUGGGAUUGGUUCCAGCCGCAGCCCUUCGCCAAGAUCUGCACCGCUGACGAGAAGGAGAAAGUGAGAUACGUCAAAUUCGACCCGCUCGGCCACAAGCUGAUCACAGGCAUUGCAAACAUGUCCCACGAGAGGGCCCGGGUCCUCCCUCCCACCCACCACGUGCCGUCACGCUCGGAGCUGGUGGAGAGGGAGCAGCGUUACAACCAGCUGUCCAGUCAGUACCUCAGCCUUGUGUCCCACCUGGAGGCCCCUCACCAGCUCCUCUGUGGCUGGUUCGUCUCUCAAUGCCAACUCAUCUUCCUCCUCCCGCACACAGAGCCAACACGCAGCAGCAGCAUGUGGGGUGUGGCAGGGGACGGGGCAGCCAACGUGGAGUCAGAGCGGGGUGGCCUGGGGGUGGGGGAGGGGGAGGAGCGGCCAGAGGAGUCUGCCAGCCUGGGGGCGGCACGGUCGCUGCGGCAAAUAGUGAGUGACGACAGCGCCUCGUCCUCUAGCCUGGACUCGUCCUCCUCGGCCACCAGCGGGGCGAGCCGCGCCUCAGAGCGCAAAACCCCGCCUGUCUCUGCUGUGGACCUCCCGCCUGCCACCGCCUGGGCCAGGACCCCCGAUGCUGCUCCCCUGGAGGGGGCACCCUCCAACCCCUGGGAGCCACGCCCUGACCCCCGCUGCCCCGCCUGCCAACUCCUGCGCACUUACCGAGGUAUGUACAGCCGCGGGUGUGAGGCGCGGCUCAGGUCGGCCAGUUGCACACUUGCUUCCAGAGAGGCAGCCAGACUGGAACUGCUGCCCCCCUCGCGCCGCCCCACCAGGGAGCUGAGGGGUGUGGUGGGCGGGGCAGGGGAGGCGGUGAUAGGCCCCCUGCCGACACCCCCCCCCAGACCAAGGAGCAAGGAGGAGGUACCCAGGAGGACGACAGGCCACCACCACCACCACCUCCCACCUCCACCUCCACCCCCUCCACCCCCUCCACCACCCCCACCCUCCCGAACCACCCGCACACCAGAACCCCAUCACCGCCUAGCUCUCUCCACUGCCACCACCACCUCCACCCACCUCCACGCCCUCACCACCACCACCCCCACUACCUCCUCCACCACGUCUUCUGAGCAGUGGUGGGACAGCAGGGGGGAAGAGAGUGGAGGUCCACCUUGGGACCAGUACCUGUCACUGCUGCCACGGGAGAUGAGGGCGAGGGUCAUGGUGGAGAUGGAGAGGCGGCGACGGUCUAGACAGCGCACCACCACCACAACCACCACCACCACUACUGGGGACGAGCCAGGGCCGGGUCAGGAUGGCACCACUGCAGACAGGGAAAGCAGCAGCGGCAGCAGCACCAUCACGCCGGGCACUGCAGGCACCAGCAACAGCACCGCCGACGCCAACGGUGGCAGCGGUAGCAGCGAGGUGGGUGACAGAGCUGCGACAGCCACGGCCACACGACCAUCCCAGCGGCCGCUGCUAGAUUUCUUGGAACGGCGGCUGUGUGAGCAGAUCCACAAGCGCAGCGUGUACCGCCUGUCCAGCCGCCGCUCGGACCGCCCGUACCUGCGGGCCGCCGACCGCCUGCUGCGGCCCAGCAGCAGCCGUUCCUCACACCUGCGUCCGCCGGACGCCCGAGUGCACGCCAUCCGCCGCCUGCUGGAGCGCUACCAGAUCAGGACGGACACCUACACCUCCUCCAGGCAGCAGCAGGACCCUCAGGCACCCCCAGGACCCCCAGGACCCCCACCUACAGCACCCCCUGGCCUGGAUUCCCUGGUUGAUGACUUAGGUGCCCCCCCACAGUCCAGCGGGGAGGGACGGCCUGCCAGGCACAGCAGCGACUGGUUGUGCAACGGUCCACUCCCCAGGGCUGGCGGCAGCAGCGGCAGCAGCAGCAGCAGGAAUAACAACAACACUGGGGAUGGCAAUGGUGGUGGCAGCAGCAGCAGCAGUAGCAGCAGCAGCAGCAGUAGUAGCAGCAGUAGUGGCAGUGGCAGCAGCAUACCACUGAGAGACGUGCUGCAGUGGGGGAGCAGACGCCAGUACAGGGUGAUUCUGGAGGAUGUGGUUGACCGCCUGCACCACCUGGAGAGGCAGGAGCGUGCAGCAGCAGCGGCAGCAGGCAGUGGCACCAGCAGCAGCAACAUGGAGGAGCCCAGGACAAGCCGGGUCACGCAGCACCACAGGCUGACAGACCUCCGCCUUCUGGUGCAGCUGACCCUCAAGCUGCUCUACAUCCUGCUCAGCUUCCUCUACAACCCCCGCAGGCUGUAUGAGGAGCGACCCAUCUCCCGGCUGCCCAACCCAUUCCGUGAGGAGGAGGUUGUGCUGGGGGGCGAGGGGCCGCCAGCGGACCUCCCCCCACCCGCUGCUGAGCGAGAGCCACCCAUGCCGGGCCUCACCACCUCACUGGAGACUGUGAGGCGCGCCAUCGAGGCUCUACGGCACGACGUGGCAGGCAGCCCCAGCCCUGCUGCAGACCCUGCCUCAGCCUCGGGGCCAGGUGGGGCGUCCGGCGCUGGUCCCAGUGCCGCCCCGGAGUCCCGUAGCUCAGUGACCAACCUGCCACGGCGCCUCAACGACUUCCUGAGGCGCUCCAGGAACCUGGCGGCACGGCAGCACCAGCAGGAGCGGGCCGGGGAGGGCGGGGUGCGGGGCAGUGGUCUGCUGCCCCGCAGUGGUUCCCCGUGGCCCCGCGUGGUGAUCCCCCGCAUCACCCUCAGUGAUCCCAGUGGCAGCGAGAGCCAGGUGGAGGAUGAGCAGGGGGCAGCGCCCUCAGGCCCCAGCCUGGCACGCCGGGACCAGGCAGAGUUCAGCACACGCUCCGUGUCGGGGGUGCCGCUCCGCCUGCUGGGCCGCCAGUAUGCUGUGGACCGCCGCAGCCCAGACUCAGAGGAUUCCUCAGGGCCAUUGGACGGGGCAGGUGAUGGUCCCGGCCAGCCCCCGGAGCCCUUCUUCCCCUGGCGGGAGCACCUGGGACCCUUUGACAUGGAGCUGUCCCAGGGGCCUGGUUCGGACAUGCUGUUCAGACACAACCUGCAGCGCACUCCCCCGGACCGCGCUGCUGAGAGGGAGGCCGAGAACUUCUUCAUCCGGCCUUUCUUCACCCCACACCUGGGCACCACCCGGGGCAUGUCCAGUGAGUGGGCGGGGCGGGGCAAGACAGCUCUGGGCGCCACACAACGCAUCCAAGCCUGGGACUUCACACGCUGCCACAUCCCAGACAUCUCAGACGGUGUGGCUAAUGUGGUGGUGAGGAAGUGUCGCAUUCACAAUGAUGCCAGCGUGGACAUUUCCUCGGACGGCACCAUGUUGGCGGCACUCAUCCCAGAGAGUCAGGCGAUGACUAUGGUCGGAGUGUACAGCCUGGAGGACCGGUCUCUUGGGCAGCUUCUGUACAGCUUCAUCUUUGAGCACAAUACCAUCUGUGUGAGUCUCUCCCCAAUGGGACGCCAUCUGGUGGUGGGCUUUGCUUCCCACUCCUCUCACCUCGUCCCGCAGAACACAAAGCAGGUGGCAGCACAGGUGUUCAAGCUGCGAGACAACCACCUCUUCCAGGCUCGGGGGCAGAUAGGAUACCUGCAGAAGGUGAGGGACAUCGAGGUGACCAUCGACAACCGACAGAUUUCCCUCAACUGCAUCCGGUGGCUGCCUCACCCGGGCCAGGGCCUCAUAUAUGGCACCAACCGGGGCCAGCUGAACAUCCUGCACUAGGUUAAGCUGUCGGGGCAAGGCGGGGCAGAGCAGGAUAGGACUGGGAGGAGGAGCAAGGUAAUAUAAGGGCAGGAAUGGUCGGGGGGGGUGGGAAGGGUCUGGGACAUUGGCUGACUGCAAAGUUUUGGUGUUUUUUCAAGAUUAUUGGUGGUGAUUUAUUUGGCGUUUUGUCUCUAUGCCUAUUUUUUUGUCAGUGCUGUUGGGUGCCACCGUGGUCAUGGUUGUCUCGAGUGCCAUAGUGUCCCGUGGGUGUGUAGGGUGUAGGGUGUAAGUAGGGAGCCCAUAUGCACAGGCAGGAGACAAGGGAGGAGGGGAAACCUGGGCAUCACUGUGGUUUGUUUACUUGUUGUUGUUUUGAUAAGUUUCCUUUUUUUUCCCUUUGUUGGGGGUGAGGCAGAGGAAGGGAGGGUGUGUGUGUGUGUGUGUGUGUGUGUGUGUGUUUGGCUGAUGCUUGGAUGGGUGGGUCUGUUUUUUUGUUUGUUUGGCUGUUUGUGUUUGUUUGUUUAUGCCUGGACUGAGAGAGCCUGAUGGAGAGAAUUGAUGCGAGAAAAGUUUUGUUCAUCUCAUGCAGUAUGUGUGUGUGUGUACGUAUGUGUGUUCUUUCAUGCCACAGCAGUGUAGUGUAAUCUUAUUUGUAUUUUGAGGUGAAUGAAGAAAAUUUAAUAUAGCUGGUGUAUUAUUAUUAUUAUUAUUAUUAUUAUUAUUAUUAUUAUUAUUAUUAUUAUUAUUAUUAUUAUUAUUAUUAUUAUUAUUACUACUACUAUUAUUAUUACUAUUAUGAUUUCACACAUUCAGUUCAUAAAAAAAUCUGACUUAUUUUUCAUCACCAUUAUUAUUAUUAUUAUUAUUAUUAUUAUUAUUAUUAUUAUUAUUAUUAUUAUUAUUAUUAUUAUUAGAUGUAUUCAUGUCUAUUUAUAAAGUGAUUUUUCCAUUAAUAGUUCACCUGAAAUUAAUUUUGCCUGUAUUGAUUCCUUUAUAUAUCCCUACUUCAUCCCCCCUCUCCCCCAAAGCCCACACCUGUACCCGUAGCCCCCCACCCAGGCCUUGAAGGGGUGAUGGGGUGUGUGUGAAUCUGUCUUAAUCUACAGUGAUGGGGAAGGAAGGGUUAUGAUGGGGUGAUGGGCUGUGUGUCAGUCAUUUGUGUAUGCUGUGGUGUGUGGGUCAGUGAUGGGAAGUGAAGGGGAGGGAAGGGAGUGGUAAAAUAGUGAUGGCCUGUGUAUGAAUGUCUGUUUUCAUAUUUUUUUGUGUGAGUUACAGUUUACAUGCAUAAUUUACAUUCCCCCCAAAAAAAAAUGGUUGUAAACUCAAAAUUCCUAAACCUGAAGAUCUUUUUUAUUUUAUUUAUUUAUUUUUUUAUUUUUUUUAUUUCUAGAGCUAUUGUUUUUAUUUAUUUAUUUAUUUAUUUUUGUAUUUAUUUUUUUAUGAAUAUCUGUAAAUGAGAGAUUGUUUUCCCUAGUGGCUCCAGUCAUUUGUAAAUAAUUUUUAAAUCGUGAUUCACCUAUGCAUUAUUUUGCUGUGUGUGUGUGUGAGAGAGAGGGCAGUCCAUGAUCUCCUCAACUCAGAAAUAACAGGUUGCUCAGUCUUACUUUAAUUUCUUUGCACUGGAAGGGAAGUGAAAGUUACUGGGAAAGCCUUACAGCGGGUCACGCAUCAAGCACUCACUCUGACCUGUUGCCCCCCCCCCCCCCAUGCUCUGUUCCCGAUCACAGAAAUAAUUCCUUGCUUAGUUAUAUUUGCAUUUUGAGAUUACAGAGUGGGGGUUAUCACAUGCAAAGAAACUCGUGUAACUUCAACUGUAGCCUUUUGAAAGAAGUGUUACAGAAUUCAGACAGGUACAUGAUUAUUCUCUCCCUUAUUAAUAUUUGUAUCACUGAUUAUACUUAAGUUUCCACAUUCAUGGCAUCGACUUUUUUAUUUUUUGUCAUGGUAUCACUCGAGGAAAAGUUUUGCGUGUUGUUCCUCCACCCUUGCUGCUCAGAAUGUGGUGGCCGACUCCCUCCGUAAUUACUCCAUAGUUUGUCUGGUUUGUGCUCAAGAGAAAUGAUGUUUGUUUAGUUUUUAUGUCUUGUUAUGAUUUACAAAGUGAUUUGCUCAGUAUUGCUCUUUGAAAUGUUUUAGCAUCUUGUCUCCUCUCAACAAGCUGUAGGGAUAAUGAUUGGGGUUUUCCAUGGCAUUUCAUUUAUUUUCAGUGGCAAUUAUAACCCUCUGAAAAAAAAAAAAAGUGACCAAAUAUUCCUGUGGCCCUUGAAAACUGAGAGAAUGAAAUGUUUGAAAGACGUAACGCAUUUGUUGGGGCGUCUCGAUGGCAGCGUCAAACAUGUGCUGCGCUGGGACUGUCAGAGGGAGGUCAGGGCAUUUAUGGAUGGCUGGGUGUGGUACUAGACAAAUUAGAGCGUGGGGAGAGGUUAGCCAAUCACACACACAUGCACCACCAUUGGUCAUAUGUCCUUGAAUUUCUCUUCCACACACUUCCAUGUCAUUCCACUUUUCUUUUCUCCAGCCUUCUUACGUUCCCCUCUCUGCCAGCCUCCCCCAGCCUCCCUCCCUGGUUUGUAUUCGGCAACACUGCGUCACACUACAUUCAAAAGCCUCUAGUUGAAGUUACAUUGGUUUUUGAGGGUGCUUUUAUGGGUCUAGUGACAGAUGAAUGAUAUUUCUACAUUAUUAACGGGAGAAACACCCUUGAGAACCCGGCUAAUCGUCUCUAGGACCUUUGAAAAUAUUCGUGGUGAAAGCUGUUUUGGAAUAUGGGCCUCACUCAGCACCUCUUCACUUUUGCCUUAAUUUGUAUCAUUCUCAUCACCACUGGCAUCAUACGAGCAUUAUCCUUCCCAUGCAUACUACAGCCACUACCCAUGCAGCCCUCCCAGCCAAUAGCCUCGUUUACAUCGCACAUAAACUAAGUUCCUAUCGCCCGUAUGUCUGUUAUUCCUCUCAUACUCAUCGCUGCCAUUCAAAAUACUGUAGUUCCUCCCUAUUCCUACAUCACUGGUCUGUCUUUCAGUGUUCAUCGUAAUUCUUCCUAAUCUUGAUCGUACUACAGCUAGGUCUUGUCUGCCUGUCUGUCUGUGGCUCUCAAACCUCACUACAAAUCAGGUUGUCAUCGCUCAUUUCAAAGACGUCAGGAAGUGUGGAGCAAGUUAUUUCCACUAAAUAGAUGAGUGUGAUUUCUUCAGUGAAUGCUCGCUGGGAAAGAAAGGAGUGAUUAUCAUGGAAUAUUCUUUAGUGUGUGUCAAGUAUACAUCCUGCUGUUUUGUAAGAAGUGAAGAAACUGACGCGCAUCCUCUCAUAUCAUUUGUUACAUCAUGUUUACAUCCUCUGGCUCACUGUAUGUCUCACUCAUUUCUCCCACCGGUACUCUGCUGUCUUCCUCGUCCUCCUAACAAUGCUUAUCUUUACUCUCACUCAUUUAUCUUCCCAUUAUUCUGCCAUCUUUCUCUUCCUGCUAAUUGAAAAUGCUUAUCUUUAAUCUCACUCAUUUAUCUCACCGUUACUCUGCUAUCUACCUCUUUCUUCUAACACUAUUUAUCUUUACUCUCACUAACUCACUAUUUGCUAUCUUCCUCUUUCUCCUAAUUAACAAUGGCUAUCUUUACUGUCUCAUUCAUUUCUCAUUCAUUUUUCCUCUUCCUCCACUGCUAACUAUACUUCAUUUUUUUUUUAUUAUAUUUCACUCAAUUCUUUAGUUAUUUUAUCUUCCUCUUCCUCCACCUCUUUACAUUUCUUAUAUUUACUUCAUUCAUUACGUCUUUCAUUGUCUCGUUUGCUUUGCUAUGAAAGUGUGGGUGGUGGUGUGCCUUCCUGCAGAACCUCACUGUAACUUGGCCUCGCUUUGGGGUGGAUGUGGGUCUUGUUUACGUUGGAAAGAGGGCUGGGGGAGAGUGGCUGUAUUUACAUGAUUGGGGUCCUGUUCUAGGCUGGAAAAAAGAAAGAGGAACGAUAUUAAAUGAAUAGAAGGGGGUUUUGAGAGUGGGUGACAUGACUGGGCUGGAAAAAAAAGAAAGAAAGAAAGAAAGAAUGGAAGUAGGUUUUGAGAAGUGGAUAUGACUAAGCUGGAAAAAGAUAAAAUAAAAAAAAUAAGAACUGAAGUGGGGGGUUGAGUAAAUCGAUGAUAUCAAUAAUUCCAGCUAGGAACUGAGUGACUGAUAUGUGUUCGCUGAAAUUUUAGUGACAAGUAAAAUAUGUCACAUCCAAACAAAGACAAUUGAACUUUUUCUCUCAUCGUACAGUGUUUUCUUGUUAUUGUACAUUUCUUUGCUGAUACGAAUAUUUUCAUUCAAUUUUUUUCCAAGUUUUUUUUUUUUUCUGUGUAUUUUUAAGGAAGUCUUGUACAUAGUGAUGAGCCCCGGCCAGAGAAAGGGAGAGAGACACACGCCUUAAAGGUCAAGUAGGUUCAUUCUGUGACCCUCUGACCCCUUGCAUUUUUUGUGGGGAAGUAUACUGGCUAACUAUUAUUUCAUUAUGGCAUUUAUGAUAUUUUGUACUUAAAGGGAGAAAUCAGAGAGAGAGAGAGAGAGAGAGAGAGAGAGAGUGAAGGGGUUAGCAGAUAUGUUAGUGUUCAUUCAAUUCUAUCCAUAAAUUGCCUUAGAAUAUUAUAUAGGAAGACCGCCGCAGGGUGUGUGUACUGUCAAGGUGAAUAAUAAACUGUCAUGUGA